GCGAUUUUGCCUACGACAUGGACCAGGGUAACGCCCGGGUUGGAGACGCCUUCAUGCGCAAGAUCGAGCCCGUGGCCGCGUCGGUGCCGUACAUGACCUGCCCCGGGAACCACGAAGAGAAAUACAACUUCUCCAACUACCGUGCCCGUUUCAGCAUGCCUGGGAAUACCGAGGGCCUUUGGUACAGCUGGGACAUUGGACCUGCCCACAUCAUCUCCUUCUCCACGGAGGUGUAUUUCUGGGUGCUAGGACUCCUGGGCUGCGCUACUGACUCAGUCUGGGACAUUGGACCUGCCCACAUCAUCUCCUUCUCCACGGAGGUGUAUUUCUACGACGACUGCACGGAGCACGAGAGCAUCAUUCGCCGAGGGCUCCAACACCAGUACGGCCUGGAGGACCUGUUCUAUAAAUACGGUGUGGAUCUAGAGCUGUGGGCCCACGAACACUCCUACGAGAGGCUGUGGCCAGUCUACAAUUACCAGGUCUACAACGGCAGUGCCAGCUCGCCCUACACCAACCCCCGAGCACCCGUGCAUAUCAUCACCGGAUCCGCUGGCUGUAAGGAGAGGCUGGACCCUUUCGUCCCCCGCCCGCGGGAGUGGAGUGCCUUGCGCAUUGAGGACUACGGCUACACGCGUCUGCACGUUGCCAACCGCUCCCACAUCUGGCUGGAGCAAGUGUCGGAUGACCAGGAUGGGAAAGUCGUGGACGGAGUCUGGGUCAUCAAGAACUUGCACGGUCCUGAAGCUUGGCAUUAGCCGGCCCACAGACACGCAGCCGUGAGCUGGGCAGAGGGAUUGCAGCCCCCUGAACCCGUGAGGUCCCGCUUCUCAGGCUGGAAUGAGAACUGCUUACGCACUGCAAACGAAUCUGGUUCAAUCUCAGGGCUCUGAUGUACGGCACUGGAAGGACACGCCUUCCCCUGCAGCUGGGGAAAACCUGCUGGUUGGUCUUUAUAAUGAUGAAAAGCCCUUUCAUGUACCUGACCAUCUCAGAGCACUAUAUACAGGGGGGCUGUGACUGUGUAUUCCCAGGUUCCAGGUGGGGAAACUGAGGCACUGAGGAAAAAAAGAAAUCAAAAUCCUAGAUUUAGGGGGUCUUGAUUUCUAGUCUUCCCUGCUUUAAUCAUUAGGCCCCAUCCCCCUGUCUGGGCCAGGAAUUAGAAUCCAGGCGUCUUGACACCCAGUCUUUUCUUCUUGCCACUGGCCCGUUCUGCCUCUUACAAAAUAGCCCCAUCGAUCUAAAAGGUUCUCCCGGCAUUGCCUGGUGCAUUGCCACUGAUAAUCCUGUCACCGCUGGAGCCUUGUGCGGGGAGGGGGAUCUGGGAUCGGAUGAUUUUCUUGCCUUAUCUUUGUUUUUUCCUGCAUGAGCCAAGACUCGUCCCAGGGUUUCUCCCCUCCUGCUGGUCCCUGUCAUGCAGUAAGCCCUACGAGGAGCUGAUGGCACUAGACUUGCCUUUUGACAUCGAGCAAGAGUGGCCCCGCUGAAGUUGGCGAUCGUUCUUUGGGGUCAGACCCCUGUAUGUGGGGCGGGGGGAGGGAGGCAGCACGUGGCCCAUGGUGCAUCCCUGGUAUUCUUUGUGUGGCCUCUGAUGAUGCUUUGUGCUACACACUGGAUCUUUUGCACUGAUGCUUGGGAAAUUAACUAAACAAAAUCAGCCUUAAAAGGUAUGUGAUGCCUAUCUCCUGUGGACCCCACUGGGUUGCCUUUGGGGCCUUGACUGCCUGUACCUUGGCAGAAUAAAAGCAAAUGCCUAAUUC